UAUCUUGAAUAUGAAUGUGAAUGGGAAGUGCACAGGGAACUGUUGUAUCAGGAAAGGGUGGCCCAAGCAUCGUGGCCGGGAUUGUAGCUUCAUUCGACGGCAGGGUUUCAAGACAAGUGCGAACGUCAUACAUCUUGUGGAGGAUUCACUCGUCAUAUUUCCGGAUACUGAAAUGGAAUAUAAGUCACAUUUCAAGGUUCAACAUAUCCAGUUACUAGGAAGGAAGAAGACAACGGGAAAAGGAUUCUGUUUUAACAUUCCUGCUAUUUUGCUGCUCAUAGAGAAAAUAGAGUAUCCACAGUGGUUAGCUAAGUUACUUUCAGGUCACAUUUCAAGGUUCAUCAUCACCGAGUUACUAGGAAGGAAGAAGACAAGAAAAGGAUUCUGUUUUUAUAUUCCUGCUUUUUAUCUGCUCAUAGAGAAAAUAGAGGUGCACUUUGACAAGGAUCAAUUUGAACCUCGACCAAAGGACUGAAAGUUUAGGCUGACUGCUGUUUCAAC